AUGGCUGAACUCGAUACUCUGGACAUCAUUGUCCUUGCCGCCAUCCUCCUGGGAACGGUUGCAUACUUCACUAAGGGCAAGUUUUGGGGCAUCACAAAAGAUCCUUAUGCAAACUCCUUCGCGAACGGCAAUGCGCUCAAGGCGGGCAAGACGAGAAAUAUCCUGGAGAAGAUGGAGGAGAGUGGCAAGAAUUGUGUCAUCUUCUACGGAUCCCAGACUGGUACUGCUGAGGACUACGCGUCAAGGUUGGCCAAGGAGGGCAAGAGUCGAUUUGGACUCGAGACCAUGGUCGCCGAUCUCGAGGACUACGACUACGACAACCUCGACACCAUCCCAAGCGACAAGAUCGUCAUGUUCGUGCUUGCCACCUAUGGCGAGGGUGAGCCCACCGACAAUGCGGUAGACUUCUACGAAUUUAUCACUGGCGAAGAUGUCUCUUUCUCCGAGAGCAACGAUCCCCCUCUGAGCAACCUGAACUAUGUCGCCUUCGGUCUCGGCAACAACACCUACGAGCAUUAUAACUCCAUGGUCCGCAACGUCAACAAGGCACUUGAGAAGCUUGGAGGUCACAGGAUUGGCGAGGCCGGCGAGGGUGAUGAUGGUGCUGGUACCAUGGAGGAGGAUUUCCUUGCCUGGAAAGAUCCCAUGUGGGCCGCACUGGCUGAGAAGAUGGGCUUGGAGGAGCGUGAGGCCGUGUAUGAGCCCAUUUUCAGCAUCAUUGACCGCGAGGGCCUGAACAAGGACUCCCACGAGGUCUACGUCGGCGAGCCGAACAAGAUGCACCUCGAGGGGACCGCGAAAGGACCUUUCAAUGCUCACAACCCAUACAUUGCACCGAUCGCAGAGUCCAAGGAGCUGUUCUCGGUCAAGGACAGGAACUGCCUGCAUAUGGAGGUGGAUAUCAGCGGCUCUAACUUGUCAUACCAGACGGGCGAUCACAUUGCCAUCUGGCCCACGAAUCCUGGCGAGGAGGUCGACCGUUUCCUGGAUCUCCUAGAUCUUUCUGGAAAGCGACACAACGUAGUGAGCGUGAAGGCGUUGGAGCCCACCGCAAAGGUUCCGUUCCCUACGCCUACAACGUACGAUGCCAUUGUCCGCUAUCACAUGGAAAUCUGUGCCCCAGUGUCGCGUCAAUUUCUCGCUACCCUAGCAGCUUUCGCUCCCGAUGAGGAAGUCAAGGCGGAGAUGACUAAGCUUGGCGGUGACAAGGAUUACUUUCAUGAGAAGAUUAGCGUUCACCACCUGAACAUUGCACGAGUCCUGUAUAUUGUUGGUAAGGGCAAGAAAUGGGUGAACAUCCCUUUCUCGGCGCUGAUCGAGGGCGUCACUAAGCUCCAGCCUCGUUACUACUCAAUUUCGUCCUCCUCGCUUGUUCAGCCCAAGAAAAUUUCCAUCACGGCCGUUGUUGAGACUCAGGCUCUGCCUGGCCGAGGCGAUCCGUUCCGGGGUGUCGCGACCAAUUAUCUCCUGGCACUGAAGCAGAAGCAAAACGGCGACCCCAACCCCGAGCCAUUCGGGCUUAGCUAUGAGAUUACCGGCCCGAGGAACAAGUACGAUGGCAUUCAUGUUCCCGUCCACGUGCGCCACUCCAAUUUCAAGCUUCCCUCGGAUCCUUCCAAGCCUAUUAUCAUGAUUGGACCCGGUACAGGUGUGGCUCCUUUCCGUGGCUUUGUCCAGGAGAGGGCUAAGCAGGCUGCGGACGGUGAGAACAUUGGCUUCACACUCCUGUUCUUUGGCUGCCGCAAGAAGAAGGAAGACUUCAUCUACGCAGACGAGUGGGAAGAGUACAAGAAGGCUAUGGGUGACAAGUUCGAAAUGGUCACCGCUUUCUCCAGAGAUGGUCCAAAGAAGGUCUACGUGCAACAUCUACUCAAGGCGCGGGGCAAGGAGAUCAAUGAGCUGUUAGAAAAGAAGGCAUACUUCUACGUCUGCGGUGAUGCUGCAAACAUGGCUCGGGAGGUCAACACUGUCCUUGCACAGAUCCUAUCAGAACAACGGGGCAUCUCAGAGGCCAAGGCUGAGGAGAUCGUCAAGAACAUGAGAGCCGCAAACCAAUACCAGGAGGACGUCUGGUCGUAA